AUGUCGGUCGAGAUUGAGCCUCUCGAGCUGUCCUUUCGGCGGCCCUUCACCGUCGAGGUCGCGCAGAUCCUCAAGAUCAAGAACCCUAGCUCAUCGCCCUUGGCCUUCAAGGUGAAAACGACGGCUCCCAAGCAGUAUUGCGUUCGACCAAAUGCGGGCCGUAUCGAGCCUGGCCAGGACUUUGAUGUCACGGUCCUUCUGCAGGCGAUGAAGUCUGACCCCCCCUUGGACGCCAAGUGCAGGGACAAGUUCCUCGUCCAAUCGGCCCCCAUUACCGCAGACAAGGAAUUCGCCAGCAUUGCGUCAGUGCUCGAAACAACCGACAAGGCGUCCAUUUCCGAACGAAAGAUCCGAGUCAACUGGCUACCUGCAGGCGACAGCAGCCCUGAUAAUGGCCCAACCGCCAUCUCGACGCCGAGCAAGCAAACCACGGCGAAUGGGUCGUACGAGACUCCCGAGCCGACUCGAGCCUAUUCUUCUCCCAGCGCUGCCGAUUCCUCGAACGCCGCACCGCCCCCCUACGUCCACGAGGUCAACGAUGACGAUGACUCCAGGCCCCAAACCGCCAAGUCGGCCGCUUCCAAGACUGCCUCAGCCGUCGCCAGCACGGUCCAAACGGGCGUUGAAGAGUUCAAGGCCAAGAUUGCUCAGCUGGAAGCUGAACUGGCAAACUACAAGAACAGCGGCCUUCGACAGCGCAACGUCAAGGGCGGCGAGAGCGAGAAGAGCACAGGUGCAGCUCUUGCCCAGCAAUCCAAACAGGUCGUCGAAGGCGUGCCUGUCAAGAUUGUGGCCAUUUUGUGCCUCAUCAGCUUCCUGCUCGCCUAUGUCUUCUUCUAA